AUGAGUUUUGGAGACAGAGCUAGCUUAAUAGGGAGGACGAGCCUAGCCACCAACGAUGAUCACCUGGGUGCGGACAUCGGCAAGAGAGUUCUAGGAUGUCAAGGAAAGGAAACAAGGUUUGAGAAAGGGAGAAAAAGAAGGUCGUCCGCCUCCGUCACCGCCAUCGCUCUCACCGCUUCAUCACCGUCACCACUUCAGCCGCUCUCACCUACUCGUCAUCGCUACUGCCUCUGCGCCACACCUUCUCUACUGUCGAUCUUGCCGGCGAAAGACGAUGACUGCGAGCUGAGAGGAGAGAGAGAGGUGAAUCGGAGGGAGCUGGCUCAAUCUUUCACAGGCUAG